UCCACAUCCCUGACUGCCACCCAUGGUGCUUUCUCCCAGAGAUGCCCAGCAGAGUGGCUCCCAUUGCACAGACGCUCAGGGUGCUGCUGCGGCUGCUGCUCGUGCUGUCCCUGCUGUCAGGAUGCAUCCCCAGUCCCUGCCUGGAGGUCAUCCCCAGCAAAGCUUUCAGAUGCACAGGACAGAACAUCUCUGGAGUUCCUGCUGAAAUCCCAAACACCACGCUAGACUUGGACCUCAGUUUCAACAAUCUGAAAUCGCUGAGCUCAAAUUAUUUUUCGUCAGUACCUGAAUUACAGCUUCUGGAUCUUUCAAGGUGCCACAUCCAUACAAUUGAAGAUAACACUUUUGUGGAUCUUCAUAACCUUUCCACCUUAAUUUUAACUGCCAAUUCCCUCCAGCACCUGGGUCUUGCAGCCUUCUAUGGCUUGACAUCGCUGAAAAAACUAGUGUUGGUGGAAACCAGCAUAUCCUCUCUGCCUGACCUACCCAUCGGACACUUGAAUACCCUGCAGGAGCUGAAUCUGGCCCAUAACAACAUUGCUUCACUGAAGCUUCCUAAGUAUUUUGCCAACCUGACCUCUCUCAGGCACCUGAGCUUUUCCUCCAAUAAUAUUACAUAUAUCUCCAAAGGGGACCUUGAUGCCCUGAGGGAAACAAACAGGCUCAACCUCACGUUGGUACUUUCUCUGAACAAUAUAAAAUACAUCCAGUCAGGAUCCUUUGCGAAGAUUCACCUUGGUGAACUGGUUCUGAGAUCCUCUUUUGAGAACCUCAAUGUGAUGCACUCUUCUCUUCAGGGCCUGGCUGGUUUACAGGUCAACAGACUAAUAGUUGGAGAAUUCACUGACAUUCUGAAAAUGAAAGCAUUUCAGAAUGGACUCUUGAGCGGACUGUGUCAGGUACAGAUGCAGGAGUUUGUCUUAAUGUGUUUCAGAGAGUUUAAGAAUGACACAGACACUCUUUUUGACUGCAUAGGCAAUGUCUCCACUAUUAGGUUGGUAGACCUUAAUCUUGAAACCUUGUCAGAGGUUCCUGUGUUUUCUCAAGUGAAACAUCUGGAAUGGAAGAAAUGUAAGUUUCAGGAAUUGCCUGCUGAGAAGCUCUCUCUUUUUAAGGAGUUGAGAGUGCUUCGUAUUACCAAAAGCAAAGACCUAAACAUCUUCGAGCAAAAAUUUGGGAGUCUAACUUACCUGGAGGUCGUAGAUUUGAGUGAGAAUCGUCUCUCCUUCCUUACUUGCUGUUCCCCUAAAUUUCCCAGCUCUCCCAAUUUGAAACACUUGAACCUAAGCUUCAAUUCUGACAUCAGUUUGACUGGAGAUUUUGCUAAUCUGAGAAAUCUGCUAUACUUGGACCUUCAGCACACAAAGUUAAUUCAUCAUGGCACCUACCCUGUCUUUCUACUCCUUCAGAAACUCAUUUACCUUGAUAUCUCCCACACCAAAACUCAUGUUAUAUCCCAUCAUAUCUUUCAUGGCUUGAACUCUUUGCAAGUGCUCAAGAUGGCAGGCAACUCCUUUGAGAACAAUACAUUGGCCAACCACUUUGAAAACGUGAGACGCCUCCGCAUCCUGGAUAUUUCAAGUUGCAAAUUAGUAUGGGUGGACCAGAGUACAUUUAGUGCUCUCUCUGAACUAAAAGAGCUAAUCAUCAGCAACAACAAGCUACUGACUUUUGAUCCUGUAGCAUACAGGCCGCUCCAAGCCCUCACAGCUCUGGAUUUCAGCAACAACCAGCUGAGUUUCCUGUCGGACUCAGCCCUGGAAAUCCUGCCUGACAGUCUGAUCUUGCUGGAUAUUUCUCGUAACUUGUUUGAAUGCUCCUGCAUACACUUGAACUUCCUGAAAUGGGUCAAGGAAAAGCAGGAUCUUCUGCACAACAAGCAUUCAAUGAUAUGCCACACACCUGCCUACGUGAAGAAUGUGAGCCUGUUAAACUUUGAUAUGUCCUCUUGCCAUCCCAACCCAACCACAGUAGCGUGCUCAGUGACUGUGUUGCUUGCUGCAGGAGUAUUUCUGUUCCUCAUUUACAAGUACUACUUCCAACUAUACUACUCAUUGGUGCUGCUCAGUGGGUGUAAACACUCUGCAGAAAGGGGAGAUACCUAUGAUGCCUUUGUUAUCCAUUCCAGCAAAGACCAAGAAUGGGUGAUGAAAGAGCUGGUGGAACCCUUAGAAGAAGGAAAACCUCCCUUCCAGCUUUGUCUUUACUACAGGGAUUUUUUACCAGGGGUACCCAUUGUCACUAAUAUAAUCCAAGAAGGUUUUCUGAGUAGCAGAAAUGUCAUUGCAGUCAUCUCAGCUGACUUUCUGGAAAGCAAGUGGUGUAGCUUUGAGUUUAACAUUGCUCAGUCCUGGCAGCUUGUUGAAGGGAAGAGUGGAAUCAUCAUGAUCAUACUAGGGGAAGUGGAUAAGACCUUGCUGAGGCAGAGGCUGGGACUGUCCCGAUAUCUGAGGAGGAACACUUAUCUGGAGUGGAAAGACAAGGAAAUAAGCAAGCAUAUCUUCUGGAGGCAGCUGACGUCAGUCCUGCUAGAAGGCAAAACAUGGAAUCACGAGGAGAUAAAACUCAUGUAAAGAGAAAGAAACAUCACUUCUGUCCUGUCUCCCACCCUGGCCUUGGUUGAUGCUUGAUGCAGAAGCUGGAUCUUCUGUGGCUGUUCAGCAUUGGACAAAGUGAAGAGAGGCAGUAUAAAACCACUACAGAAGCACCUACUUUCAUGAUUGCCUUUCCUCCAGGCAGCUAUCAAGAUAAGGAGUGGCAACAGCUCGAAAAACUGCAGAUGCCUGAGCUCUGUGGUUGUCUGUAGCAGUCAGCUGAAGCUGGUCCAGCAAUCCACGCAGGGGUCAGUGAGCAGAUUUGAGAAUGGAUGGGCUGUUCUUACCUCUGAAACUCGGGAUGGGCCCAGGGGCCGUUUGCUUAGGGGGAUUUCAGUCUGCCACUUUGAGUGGACCCUGGGGUUUCCAGGGGAGAGUGAAGGUACAGAACUAUUGCUUCUAAA